UUCACUCGGAUUAAAAAGGUUCCUGUUUUUGGUCAGAUGUCUUCAACUGCCAACGGGGCUUCUACCUCAGGAGCUGAUAGAAACCAAUUCUUUGAAGAGGAUUUGCUCCAGAAAGAGGAAGAUACUAAACAUCUCAAAGAGUUGUUCAAAGACAUCUCGCAUUUCCAUUCCCUCUGUGAUGUUCCAGAAUCCCUCAUAGAGAGAGUGGUCCAGCUGACAUGCACACCAUUUCUUAAAGGUGGAUACAGCAGUGGCUUGUGUUUCUUAUCUAGCCUCAGAGAUAGCCCCGAGUGUUGUGCUGGACAACCUAUCCAAAACCUAGAACAGUGUGUGGGUCAGUGCAGGUCAACAGGAAGGACGGCAGUGGGUCACACAGAAUCUUCAACAGAGAGGGAACAGGACAGCACUUUCCGGAUGCAGAGAGACCUAUGGUACAGAGAGGAGUGCUGUAUGAGACUUGAACAGUUCCCAGUGUCCGAGGAUAAUCCUACCAAUGAGGAUGACUUCAUGGGAGACCUUUCCUUCACAGACAACCGUCCAAAUGAUAGGGCUGAGUCUUCCCCACAACAUUCCUUCCUGCAUGAUGACUUCAGCCACGAGGAUGACAUCCUGGACAUUCCCACCUUGAGCAUCCUGUCUCCACCGCAUGCCUCUCUUGGACAAGCCUUCCACAAUGAUCAUGACGUCAGCUCUCAAGCUCUGUCCACCCUUGACCACGAUGAGGACAAGCCAGCCAGCCAUGAACCCUUUCCUUCUGAGUACGUCUUCAAGAGGGUGUGUGGACCUUCCUUCAGCAUGUCUUCAGAGUUCUGGCACAUCAAGAUUCCAACUCUUCCUUCACACAUGGUCCACUACAAAGUUGAGCCAGAUGGCCUCACUGAAAUAGUCAUUGGCUCUGGAUCUUUCGGGGAGGUGUAUGCAGCAAUACUGACGGUGUCCCCUGGCCAGAGUAGAGAUGUGGUGGUUAAACAACACUUUACAGACAGGACAACACAGGAGGCCGUCGCUAAUGAGGCAAAGAUCACCAUGUACCUUGAGUCCACAGGCUGUGUCCCCAUCUGUUAUGGACUAUUGAGUGAUGAGGAGGAUGGCUACAGCAUUGUGAUGGAGUAUGUUGGUUCUGGACAAACGCUCCAUAAUGUUAUGUGCGAGUCAGAUAUGCCAAGAUUACACUGGCUGAAUAUUGCGUGCCAGCUAGUCAGUGGACUGAAAAAAAUCCACAAGAAAGAUGUUCUCAUUAAUGACAUCAAGUCAGACAAUGUUCUAGUGGACAUGUCUGGAGAACUGCCCUCGGUCAAGUUCUGUGACAUGGGAACAGCAUCAUACAAAUCAGCGGUAACGUACAGAGGAGACAUGGAGAAUUGUGUCCAUCUCGCUCCAGAGGUAUGUGCUCAUGCUAAGACAACCCCCGCAUGUGACGUAUACAGUCUUGGAAGAGUACUGAAUAACAUACAUGGCGUCUCACACAUCUCAGCCUUGUUGUCACUUUCUGACAUGUGUAUGGCUGAGGAUCCCGCUGUCCGCCCCACUCUCUGGACUGUAAACCAGCGGCUGCAGGAGGAGUAUAUAAAUGAGGCCCUGUUCCCCACGCUAACUGUGCCGUCACAUGGCUACCUGGACUGCAGUGAUGAGGAACCAGAGGAAGAAUCUGCCGGAUCUGUACUCAAAGUUAACACACCUAUCAACAAAGACUUACCUACAGCUACAGGUCUUAGCUCCGCUGAAGUCAAUGGUGCUGUGUCAAGGGAUGGUCCACCUAGCAGAGGCAGCAAUAGAAGCAACAGGAGCGGCCAACAUGAACUAGGUACAUCAGUAGCUGAAGCUUAUCCGGAUGAGAUCCAGGACAUCUAUUCCAUUUCCAUUGAUCAUGUGCCACGUAUACACGUCUCCGUUUCGUCUGAAGGACACACUAUACCCAGAGUGAACAUGCCAAACGACAUCCUGUACUCUGCUGAGAUCACAGAUACAUCUGCUGGUGCUCCCAAGUCUGCACAAAAUAGAACUCAAACUCUGGUUAACAAUAUGGAUGCUUCUCCGUCCAAGUCUCUAAAAGAUGGAAGUCCAGGUGUGGUUAACAAUAGUGAUGCUGCUCCUUCAAAAUCUGUACAAAAUGGAAGUUUGGGUGUUGUCUCAAAAGGAACAAGUGAAAUUUCCGCUGCCUCUAUUUCACCAAAUGGAUCUUAUGGGUUCCACACACAAACUGUGCCUACAUCUCCGCCAUCUGUGACGACACCUACUCCUGCAUCACCCUGUGCAUCUUGCCACUUCCACACGACAUCGGCAUCCCUGGAACUGUUCUCUGCUGUUGUCUCGCCCAAGGUUUCCUCUGCCACGGAAACUCCCGAUGCUGCAUCUAGUGAACUUCAAACAUCCCCAAGCCAUAGUCUUGAUACUUCAUCCGACACGUUUGUUGAUGCUGCCGAGGAUCAGUCUCAUGCUGAUGCUAACUCUGAGGGUCGUCGUUGUGCUGCUGAUGUUAACGAGGCUCCUGUCGUUCCAGCCGUUGCUGCUGUAGACGUGAACCAAAAUUCCUCUAGCCUGGAAGCUCCUCACGUGGCGGCGUACCGCGCUCUGUGCCAGGCAGAGCUCGAGGUGUACAACAAGCACUGGGAGGACACACCCGUGUACGAGGGUUAUCUGCCCCUGGUCAUGUCAUUGUUAAUGCUUCCCCUUGGGAUCUUGGGAUUCACAUAGAUUUUUGAUGGGAUUGGCAACCAAUUGAAGGACAUGUUUUUAUUGGAGUAAAACUUACUAUUUUGAAAUGUAUACGUUUGAAUGAUGUUUUACUGGAUUUAUUACCCUAUAGCUUUGGGGAAGCAAUGACUGCUUCCCUUUAGAAUUCAUAAUAUUUUCAUAUGCAC